GUCCAGCUUCCCCCAAAACAUAGUCCACAUGGCCGCGGCGCUCGCCUCCUCCCGCUGCUGCGGCCGCCCCCCGCUUCUUCCCACUGGUCGCGGCCGCCGCUCUGUCGCCCGGUGCGCCCUGUCCGGCGAGAAAGGAAACUCAUUCAGCUGGAAAGAAUGUGCAAUUUCUGUAGCAUUGUCGGUUGGAUUAAUUACUGCCCCAUCAACAUUUGGAUGGUCAGCCCAUGCAUCUCCUCUCGAACCUGUGAUCCCAGAUAUUUCAGUUCUCAUCUCUGGACCUCCCAUUAAAGAUCCGGGCGCUUUGUUGAGAUAUGCUUUACCCAUAGAUAAUAAAGCUAUCCGUGAAGUUCAAAAACCGUUGGAGGAUAUCACCGACAGUCUCAAGGUUGCUGGUGUUAGAGCCUUGGAUUCAGUAGAAAGAAAUGUGAGGCAAGCAUCAAGAGCACUGACUAACGGGAGGAGUUUAAUACUUACUGGUCUUGCUGAACCAAAAAGAGCAAAUGGAGAAGAAAUAUUGGAUAAAUUAGCUGUUGGACUUGAAGAGCUUCAACGAAUUGUUGAGGAUAGAAACAGGAAAGCGGUAGCUCCAAAGCAGAAAGAGCUUCUUGAUUAUGUUGGAACCAUAGAAGAAGAUAUGGUCGAUGGCUUCCCCUAUGAAGUACCAGAAGAAUACAACAACAUGCCUCUUCUUAAAGGAAGAGCUAUUGUGGAUAUGAAGGUUAAGAUUAAAGACAAUCCGAACGUAGAAGAUUGUGUAUUUCGGAUAGUUCUGGAUGGAUACAAUGCUCCUGUGACUUCUGGGAACUUCUUAGAUCUGGUGGAACGGAAGUUCUACGAUGGCAUGGAAGUCCAAAGAGCUGAUGGUUUUGUUGUUCAAACGGGAGAUCCUGAGGGACCGGCUGAGGGCUUUAUUGAUCCCAGUACUGGCAAGAGUCGUACCAUACCUCUUGAGAUAAUGGUUGAUGGUGAAAAGGCGCCUAUUUACGGCGAAACACUUGAAGAACUUGGACUCUACAAGGCUCAAACAAAACUUCCUUUUAAUGCAUUUGGAACGAUGGCAAUGGCUAGAGAGGAAUUUGAUGACAACUCCGCUUCUAGUCAAAUCUUUUGGCUCUUGAAAGAAAGUGAGCUGACACCAAGCAAUUCCAAUAUAUUGGAUGGGCGGUAUGCUGUGUUCGGUUAUGUAACUGAAAAUGAGGAUUACUUGGCUGAUCUCAAGGUUGGGGAUGUUAUUGAGUCCAUCCAGGUUGUCUCAGGCCUAGACAAUCUUGUCAACCCGAGCUACAAGAUCGUAGGCUAACGUGUUUGUGUAUAAGUGUUCGUUGACAUGAGGUUGUUUUACAGUAUUCAAAAGUGAUGUAAAGCGCUGUAAGUUCUAACCUUGUCCCCGCGUUUUUUUUCUUCCUUUUUGUGCCUAGAGUUUUUCAUUGUGCGGAAUUUGAUAUUUAAUAGAAAGUCAAAGCUAUA